UUCGCAGGUGGCACACGUUCGCGGUGCGUCGCGGGUUGUCUCACGGCGGGUUUUUCGCCAGAGAAGGGAGAUAAAUAUAAAAUAAAAUAUACAUAAACUAGAACACAUUGUGCUGGAACAAGUUCGGUGACCAAACGCAUUGUUAUAAAUUUUCAAUGCAAGUGUGCUAAGCCCUGCGACAUGAAGCCGGAUUUUGAACUCUGAACCCUGGACUUGCUAAACCUGUUAAGUGAAGUGCACCAACUCUAGAAUGGGGCGCAAAAAGAAGUUGCCGACGGGCGUAUCGUCUGGCGGCAGCCACGCCUCCGCCGCCCCCAAAUCGGUGGGCGGGUGCUGUGUGCCACUGGGAUUACCACAACCUCUGCUGCUCGAGGAGAAGAAGUUCCUGCUGGCUGUCGAGCGCGGCGAUAUGCCGAAUGUGCGCAGGAUCCUGCAGAAGGCGCUGCGCCAUCAGCACAUCAACAUCAACUGCAUGGACCCCUUGGGCCGCCGGGCGCUCACCCUGGCAAUAGACAACGAGAACCUGGAGAUGGUGGAGCUGCUCGUCGUCAUGGGGGUGGAGACCAAGGACGCCCUGCUGCACGCCAUCAAUGCGGAGUUCGUGGAGGCUGUGGAGCUACUGCUCGAGCACGAGGAGCUUAUCUACAAGGAGGGCGAGCCCUACAGCUGGCAAAAAGUGGACAUAAAUACUGCUAUGUUUGCGCCGGAUAUCACACCUCUGAUGCUGGCCGCCCACAAGAACAACUUUGAGAUACUUCGCAUUCUGCUGGACCGCGGAGCAGCGGUGCCAGUGCCACAUGAUAUACGUUGCGGCUGUGAGGAGUGCGUACGCCUGACCGCGGAGGACUCCUUGAGGCACUCGCUCUCCCGGGUGAACAUCUACCGGGCGCUGUGCAGCCCCUCUCUGAUCUGCCUGACCUCCAACGACCCCAUAAUCACCGCCUUCCAGUUGUCAUGGGAACUGAGGAACCUGGCGCUCACCGAGCAGGAGUGCAAGUCGGAGUACAUGGAUUUGCGAAGGCAGUGCCAGAAGUUCGCCGUGGAUCUGCUGGAUCAGACGCGCACCUCCAACGAGCUGGCCAUCAUCCUGAACUAUGAUCCGCAGAUGUCGAGCUACGAGCCCGGCGACCGGAUGAGCUUGACCCGCCUGGUGCAGGCCAUUUCCUAUAAGCAGAAAAAGUUCGUUGCGCACUCGAAUAUUCAGCAAUUACUGUCCUCGAUUUGGUAUGACGGCCUCCCCGGAUUCCGGCGCAAGAGCAUCGUGGACAAAGUCAUCUGCAUCGGGCAGGUGGCCGUGCUCUUCCCGCUCUACUGCCUCAUCUACAUGUGUGCCCCGAAUUGCCGGACGGGCCAGUUGAUGCGCAAGCCCUUUAUGAAAUUCCUGAUCCAUGCCUCCUCCUAUUUGUUCUUCCUGUUCAUCUUGAUUCUGGUAUCACAGCGGGCGGACGAUGACUUUGUGCGCAUCUUCGGGACGGCCAGGAUGAAGAAGGAGCUGGCGGAGCAGGAGCUGCGUCAGCGGGGCCAGGCACCCAGCAAACUGGAGCUCCUCGUGGUGCUGUACGUGAUUGGGUUUGUCUGGGAGGAGGUGCAGGAGAUAUUUGCCGUGGGCAUGAAGAACUAUUUGCGCAACAUGUGGAACUUCAUCGACUUUCUGCGCAACAGUCUCUACGUGAGUGUGAUGUGUUUGAGAGCCUUCGCCUACAUCCAGCAGGCUACAGAAAUCGCCAGAGAUCCGCAAAUGGCCUAUAUACCCCGCGAGAAAUGGCACGACUUUGACCCACAACUAAUAGCAGAAGGACUCUUUGCGGCGGCCAAUGUGUUCUCGGCGUUGAAGCUGGUGCACCUGUUCAGCAUCAAUCCGCACCUGGGUCCGCUGCAGAUCUCCCUGGGUCGCAUGGUCAUCGACAUAGUGAAGUUCUUCUUCAUCUACACCCUGGUGCUGUUCGCCUUCGCCUGUGGACUGAACCAACUGCUCUGGUAUUUCGCCGCCCUGGAGAAGAGCAAGUGCUAUGUGCUGCCGGGUGGCGAGGCGGAUUGGGGCUCACACGGCGACUCCUGCAUGAAGUGGCGCCGGUUUGGCAACCUUUUCGAGUCCUCGCAGUCACUUUUUUGGGCCAGCUUCGGGAUGGUCGGGCUGGACGACUUCGAGCUCAGUGGCAUCAAGUCGUAUACGCGUUUCUGGGGACUGCUCAUGUUUGGCUCGUACAGCGUCAUCAACGUGAUUGUGCUGCUUAAUCUGCUCAUCGCAAUGAUGUCCAAUUCGUAUGCCAUGAUUGAUGAGCACUCGGACACCGAGUGGAAGUUCGCCCGUACCAAGUUGUGGAUGAGCUACUUCGAGGACAGUGCCACCUUGCCGCCGCCCUUCAAUGUCCUGCCCUCCGUCAAGUGGGUCAUCAGGAUAUUCCGCAAGUCCAGCAAGACCAUCGAUCGACAGCGCUCCAAGCAGAAGCGAAAAGAACAGGAGCAGUUUAGCGAGUACGAUAAUAUAAUGCGCUCCCUGGUCUGGCGAUACGUAGCUGCCAUGCAUCGCAAGUUCGAGGAUAAUCCCGUCUCGGAGGACGACAUCAAUGAGGUCAAAAGCGAGAUCAACACGAUGCGCUACGAAAUGCUCGAGAUAUUCGAGAACAGCGGAAUGGAUGUAUCCUCGGCCAACAAAAAGGAGAGGCAACCACGACCGCGGCGCAUAAAAGUGUGGGAACGCCGGUUGAUGAAGGGCUUCCAGGUGGCACCAGUGCAAAAUGGCUGCGAACCCGAUGCCUUCGGGAAUGUAAACGGGCAGGGUGACAUGCGGGAGAUCAAGGUGGAGUCCACACCCUCGAAGCCGGCCAAAGAAACCGCCAGGGAGCGGUUCCAGCGAGUGGCGCGCACCGUACUCCUGCAGUCCACUGCCCACAAGUGGAACAUGGUGCUCCGUGCUGCCCAGGAUUCCCAAAUAGGUCGCUGCACCAAAGACGAGCGUAAGAGCCUCCAGAACCUGAGCAGAGCCAUCGAAGAGGCCAAGAGACUCAUAAUGCUCAAUCCAGGUUGUCCCUCCGGUCGGGAGUCGCCCAUUCGCAUCGAGUUCGAGGAUGAGAAGUCGAGCACCUUGCUGGAGCUGCUCAACCAAAUCAGUGCUGAGAUUAGCGACGGUGAAAAAUCCAAAAUAAAGGCCGCCUGGCGGCCACCACUCAGGACCGUGCCUGCCCGGGCAAUGGCCGCCAACAACGUCCGGUCUUUCACAGCUCCCGAGCUGAAGAUCAGCAGGAAAUCCUCUCCAGCUCCCACUCCGGGUCCAACUCCAGGGGUUUCCCACACUGCUCUUUCCCAGUUUCGCAACCGUGAGCUUCCUCUGUGUCCCAGCAAACUCAUAGCGAACUCGGCGCCUGCUCCUCCAAAGAAAUCAGCACCUGCAGCCCCAGCUGCUGCUCCACCAUCCACCCAUAAGCCCACCACCCACGCCCCCUUCUCCAUGGAAGGGCGCCACCGGGGCAACACUCGUACCUCAGAUGGUGUGCACUCCGAUAAUUCGAACUUCGACAUUCAUGUGGUCGAUCUGGACGAGAAGGGCGGGCACUCGGGCAGGGAUAAUGCUUCCGAAAUUAGCUCCAUUGCCAGCACGAGUCCCCAGCGGCCAAAGCAUCGAAACUAAAUGUGAUUGUGGCAUGGACACGGGUGAUAAAUCUACAUAGGUCCGCCAGAUGCCUUCCAUAAAGCUAUAUACUUGUAUCUAUCAAUAAAGAAGGAAUGAAGUUAUUUAGGCAAAUUAA